CCGGAGGAGGACGAGCUGUUGGAACAUGAGUGAAGGCUCCGCGGUUUUUCUUGUUUUCUCGUGAUAGGUUUCGGCCGACGAUGAUGAAGCUUUGCUCGUCCGCGAUGCUAACAGGGGGCGAGUCCAAGGAGAUAGCGGCGUCCAUGGCAGAUUUCAUGCAAUCAUGGAAAGGCUUGGAUCUUGAGGAGGAGAUGGAGGGCAAGGAGCGGCCGGAAAAUUGUGAAGAGCUCAUCGAGGGGGAAGACAGAACGAUAGGGGAUCUCCUACGGGCGAAAGAAGACAAAGAGAUGUUGAUUCGUCCCCCACUCCCCCUCCUGAACCGCCGCCAAGAAGGAAUUGUGCGACUAGGGUUUGGACGGCUAUAUCUAUUUUUGCUUUAAUUUGUUUGUGUUUUUACUUCGAACCUCGUGUUGUUUUGUUUGUCACAUACGCUUAUUUAUGCCAGACUUUUACAUUAGGUAGGGGUGAUGAAGUUUUUGUUCUGGCCACGUUUUGCUCAUUUAGACCCAUUAUUGAAUCAACGAAUCAUAUUGUUCUGUUGAGGGUGAUUGGUUCCCAAGCUGGUUCGAGGGUCAGUGGCUGGAAGUGUUUCUUUA